CAGGUCGCAGUCGCAGUUUCACCGGCCCUAUGACAUUUACCCACCCACCACAGUGCACGAGUAGUUUAUCUAGCAACAAGGAGCCAACCCCGCCUGCGAACAUUCACUCUUCACAAUUAUAACGGUCAACAUACAUCAUCAUUCACCAUCUCCUGCUGUCGUGCCCUGUGCUUCCCGGCUUAAAGAUCCUGCCCACCUCCGAUACGCGACCACUUCACUCACCGCAACAUCCCACCGCCAAGAUUUCGAGCACCUCAAGUAUCGCACAUAGACCUCUCCCAUAGGGCCACAACCGAGGUGAUUCAGGACCUCGAGAUCAUGGUCGCCUCUAUCGGCGAUUUAACCACUACAUAUAAAUCUUGGCCAUGAGCGCCAUUCUGACUGACCGACAAGCGGAAGAGCUUCACAAAGCUAUAGUAGCAUAUCUCGGGGUGAUUGAGGCGCCCAAGGCUGCUGCUGCAUUCCGGGAAGAAGUGAACAUAGCCGCGAGCUUCGAUGACGCUACAAAGAAGAAGUACGAGGGGCUGCUCGAGAAGAAAUGGACAAGCGUCGUCAGGUUACAGAAGAAGGUGCUAGAGCUUGAACAACGGGCCCAAUCCCUCCAGAACGAGCUUGACUCGACCACACCGACCUCUUUGCUUCGCAGAAAUCAGGACCCUACAGCCUGGCUACCACGAGCGCCUGCACGGCAUACUCUACAAUCCCAUCGAAAGGAUGUGUUGUGCGUAGCCUUCCACCCGAUUUUCUCGUCGUUGGCGUCCGGUUCCGAGGAUACUACAAUCAAGAUUUGGGACUGGGAACUAGGCGAAUUGGAACGUACUGUGAAAGGACAUACUAAAGGAGUGCUGGACCUAGACUUUGGCGGACCACGAGGCGGUACUCUGCUCGCAUCCUGUUCGAGUGAUCUUACCAUCAAGCUCUGGGAUCCGUCGGAUGAGUACAAGAACAUUCGAACACUGCCAGGACAUGACCACUCGGUUUCUGCCGUUCGUUUCGUUCCCAGCGGUGCGGCCGGUUCACCCUCCUCUGGGAAUCUCCUCGUUUCCGCCUCAAGAGAUAAGACAUUACGGAUUUGGGAUGUCACAACGGGUUAUUGCGUAAAGACAAUUCAAGGCCACGCAGACUGGGUCCGCGAUGUUGCGCCAAGCUUUGAUGGCCGAUGGCUAUUAUCCGGAGGUACUGAUCAAACAGCCCGGUUAUGGGACGCCACUACCGGAGAGGCAAAGUGCACGUUCUUGGGCCAUGAAAAUGCGAUUGAAUGCGUUGCCAUUGCGCCUCCAGCUUCAUAUCCGCACCUCGCUUCACUGGCUGGACUGAGAAAGGCCCCACCACCCAGCAGUUCGUCUGAAUUCGUCGCAACUGGCUCGAGAGAUAAGUCAAUCAAGAUAUGGGAUGGGAGAGGGACAUUGAUCAAGACUCUGAUUGGGCAUGACAAUUGGGUACGAGGCCUUGUUUUUCAUCCCGGAGGAAAGUAUCUCCUCUCUGUAAGUGACGAUAAGACCAUUCGAUGCUGGGAUUUUACACAAGAAGGACGGUGCGUGAAGACGGUAGAUGAUUCGCACGGGCAUUUCAUCACCUGUAUUCGCUGGGCACCCAGUCUCGUCAAAGACGUGCCAAUCAACGGAGACGCAGCGAAUGGAACCGCAUCGAAUGGCCCGUCGAAAAAGAAGGAGGACGCCGCUAAAGCAGCAGGCAUCAGAUGUGUGAUUGCUACGGGCAGCGUCGAUUACUCAGUGCGGAUAUUUGCGUCCUGAAAGUAGCAGUUGAUCCCUUUGGGGGUUCCAAGUCAAGCACGAAUUGCUUGAUAGAUACGAUGCUUCAAGAUAUGGAGUCGAGCCUUUACAAUUCUUUUCACGACCUUGUAGCGAAUUAUCUGAUUUCUCUAGAAUCUUCUCUAUUAUCACUUGAUGAGACCCAUGUAGAAGUACAAUGAUCCUUUCUUUGUUUCUUCAUAUUUUCUUCGUUCGAAUUAUGUACAUGCUUUGGGCAGGCCAUACAUCGGUAUUACUGUUGUUUUAGGUACAUUAGUC